UCCUCCCUCCUCACGGGCGCUCCUCUUGCGUUCUGCAGGUUCCAGGAGGCCCUCCGGGAGGCCGGACACAUCCCAGAGGAGCGGCUGCCCAUCCGGCGCUUCCAGUCUUUGCCCAUGAAGCUGCUGGGCUCCAGCCCGGCCCUGAGGAACAUCACCAACUCGCGGGCGCUGGACGUGGCCCGAAAGAGCGAGGGGGACAUCCAGCUGGACUUGGGGAGCCGAGAGGACAAGGAGAACGAGGGGUUCAUCUUCAAGAUGCCCUCCAGACCGGCGGGGCACAGCCAGGCGGCCGCCGCCAAGUGGGCCAGCCGGAGGGAGGCUUUUGCCCAGAGGCCGAACUCAGCCCCGGAUCUGAUGUGCUUCUCUCCGGGGCAGAAGGCGGGCGGCCUGGCCCCGCUGCCCCUGCGCCGCUCCUCCCUGCUCUCCACGCCCGGCAGCGCGGGGGACGUCAGCGACGACGGGGACGACGGCUUCAUGGACAUCCUGGACGACGAGCUGAAGAGCGAGGAUGAGGUCCCCCCCGGCAUGGCGAGCCUCCUCAGCGCCCCGCUGGUCAAGAAGGAAGAGGAGGGCCAGGAGCAGUGUCUGGUCAUGCACAGCAAGUGCCGGAGGCUGUUCCGCUCCCCCUCCAUGCAGCACGUCCCUCGGCCCAUCCUGAAGCGGCUCGAGCGGCCCCGCGACAAGGACACGCCGGUCAAGAACAAGCGCAGGAAGAGCGUCACGGCGGCGCCCGAGAAGGAGGAGAGGAGCCGGCCGCCACCGUCCCUUCCCUCCCCGCAGAAGCCCCGCCUCCUCCGCUCCAAGUCUCUGUGCCACGACGAGAUCGAGACCAUCCUGGACAACGACCCGCGCGAGCUCAUCGGCGACUACUCCAAGGCCUUCCUCCUGCAGACCAUCGAUGGACACCACCAAGACCUUAAGUACAUCUCCCCAGAGACGAUGGUGGCCGUGUUAAUGGGGAAGUUCAACAAUAUCGUGGAGAAAUGCGUCGUCCUGGACUGCAGAUACCCGUACGAGUUUGAGGGGGGCCACAUCAAGGGCGCCGUGAACCUCCCUUUGGAGCAAGACGCCGAGAGCUUCCUGCUGAACAGCCCCCUCGUCCCCGUCAGCGCCGACAAGAGGAUCAUCCUGAUCUUCCACUGUGAAUUCUCCUCGGAGCGAGGGCCCCGCAUGUGCCGCUUCAUCCGAGAGAGGGACCGAGGCGCCAACGACUACCCGAGUCUCUACUACCCCGAGAUGUACAUCCUCAAAGGAGGCUACAAGGACUUCUUCCCGCAGUACCCGGCCUUCUGUGAGCCGCAGGACUACCGGCCCAUGAACCACGAAGACUUCAAGGAAGACUUCAAGAGAUUCCGUCUGAAGAGCCGCACCUGGUCCGGAGAGCGCAGCAAGCGGGAGAUGUACAGCCGCCUGAAGGACUUCUGAGGGCCGCGGCGCCGGCCUUGACCGCUCGCCUCGCCCUUCCCCUCUCCCCCCUGGCCCGCCCUCGCCAGCGCCAGGAGCGGCCCUUCUCUGGGGGCUUCCAUGCCUGGACGUGGCUUCAUCUUUCUGAAUUCCAGCUUUUCCCUCGUCUCCCUUUAUUUAAUUAUUGGACUCCAACCGGAGCGUCCGUCCCAGGCCGCGGGUGCCCGCCUGGGGGCUUCGGACCCGCUCCGGCCUCUGCCGGCCUGCUCGGCGCGUCUGGAUCGAGGACGCUGUGGCCGCCAGGUAUCCUGGGGGACUGCACUGGCCUCCCCACCCCGAUGUCCCCUGCGAGACGUUUCCUGGCGUGGAACCCCCUCUCGCUGCUCCUCCCUGAGCCGGGCGCCCCGUGUGGCGCGUGUUUUGUAUUUUCCUUCUCAUCUCUUGGGAGGGAAGGCGAGGAGCCCGAUGUGCCCUUGGCUCUGGCCCUGCGGGGUCCCCUCUGGGGAGAAGGCCAUCGAGAGAGACCUUUUCCCCCUCCCCCUGGCAUUAGUUCCUGGAUUUGGGGUUUGCACCAUCCCAAACCCAAAGCACGUUGGCGAUGCCCGUCAUAGAAAAGGCUCCUGACGGCACGUGGCCUGAAUCCAGGCCAUGGAAGCAGGAAGAGAAACCUUUUCCUCCCCGAAGGCCGUCCCCAGUGAAGGAGGGACGGAACGAGGCCCCGCUGACUGCCUUCCCAGCCUGCUCACAUUUCAUUUAUUUUCUAAAAACGCCCCGAAUUUCCUUCCUCGUCCCCUGCACACGGGAGCCGUUGCCGCUGCUGGACGAUGAAAUGUUCCACCCCGGGAGAAGGGCCGAAUGGACGCCUGCCUUCCGCUCUGCACACUCCUAUCUUUAAAAUAAUUUUUUUAAGGUGGGGGGAGGGGGGUCUUGGUUUGGUUUUUUGUUUAAAAAGCACUUCAUAAACGUCA